GCCUUGAUACAUGUGGUUGUGGUUGUUGUAUUCUUGGUACCUUGUAUAAAUUCGCCUUGCAAUGGACUAUCAAUUCAGAAAUAUACAAAAGUGUAGAAUAUAGGGCCAACUUUUAUUAUUUUACAAAAAGGCUAAGCCGAAUAUCUUUUGAAGUAUUGGGGAAGCGCAAGCUCGCGGUAAUUGUUAAAGCAAUGAAGAAAUUGGAAGAUAUAAAAAAAGAGUUUCCACUGCAUUGGCUUGUAUGGAGCAACAGCGUCGAUGAGCUGAAAUGGGCGUUAAAAACGGACACGGUUGACAAGGAAAAAAUCGAUGCCCGUGGCCGAACACCUUUGAUGCUAGCCGUGAAAUUAUCACAUUUGCAAUGUGUAAAGUGCCUUUUAGCAGCAAAAUGUAAUGCCACCUAUGAAUACGAGGGAUGGUCAAUUGUGCAAGAAGCCGUAUGCUCCGGCGAUGAGGAUAUACUGACUGCCAUCAUUGAAGUACGCGAUUUGCAACGUCAUGUUCAACGGGUAACACAUGUUCCGAAAUUAUUACAACACCUUUUAGAUGCACCUGAUUUCUACAUUGAAAUGAAAUGGGAGUUUACAUCUUGGGUACCCCUCAUGUCUCGUCUUUGUCCGAGCGACACCUACAAAGUUUAUAAACGUGGAGCGAAUGUGAGAAUAGAUACCACAUUAUUAGGGUUUCAUAACAACUCCUGGCAACGAGGCAAUCGCUCUUAUAUCUUUAAAGGCGCAAAGGACUCUGCAACGAUGAUUGAGAUCGAUCAUGACACUCACGAAGUGAUUGAAGAACAAAUGAAUAGCGAAAUCGGAGAUAUAGUCGCAAUACCGCCUCCAAUUGGUGCUGUGCGCGGCCGCCUCAAUGCACCCGUCAUUACUAACAAUAUAGAAAUGGAAAAAAUCAGUUUUGAGCGGAAUAAAUCGGGAAUUUGGGGUUGGCGCAGCGAAAAGUCAGAGAUGGUGAAUGGAUACAAUUGCAAAGUUUAUGGCGCCAGCAACGUUGAGUUUAUAACGCGCACCCGAAUGGAUCACCUAAAUGAAGAUCAAAUUAAGAAUAAAUGUGCGAGGACACCAUUGCAUAGCUUUUUAGGGAUCGCUGACGACGAUUUAACAAAUUCUCACACUAAUGAAGGAAUAAUUGCCAAAGAUCGGACGCCGUCUCCAUCUAUUGGGAGUCCAUUACUAGAUCAAAGCCCUGAAAAUAGCACACCCGAAGAAAAUGCCAGUAUCAGCUCAGGCACAACGCCACCAAAACACGCUAUUACGGCAGAGGAGUAUUUUUCUCCCAAUGUCGAUUUGAAUGGACGUGACAUUGGACGACCAAAGAAAGUCACUACCAAGAUUCAGAGAUUUAAGGCUAAUCUAUGGCUCUCCGAAGAGUAUCCUAUGCGACUGCAAGAACAAGUUCUUCCUAUACUUGACUUAAUGUCUACUAUGGCAAGUCCACACGUAUCUAAACUGAAAGAUUUCAUUACCAUGCAGCUGCCCUCUGGUUUUCCAGUGAAAAUUGAAAUCCCACUCUUCCAUGUUUUAAAUGCAUGCAUCACGUUUGGAAAUGUAUUCGGCAUGACGGCUCCCGUUGAGAAUGUAACCACAAUUAAUGAAGACGAUCGCAUAACUUGCCUUGUCGACGACCAUUGUUUCGAUAUACCGAGCCAUUACGUCAACAGAGAUGCGGACACUCUUCGUCAAAUGCCUUUGGAUGAAGACGAUAUGUUGCAAUAUGCAAUUGAACAAAGUUUAGUGGAAACGACCUCCGGGGCUUCUGCUUCAAAUACAGCUGAGGACACCGAUAAAGUGGAUAUAUGGGAGGCAUUGCGUGGUCAAGGGGUAGAUGGAAUUCCAGAGGAAGACGAACAGUUGCAGAGGGUACUGCAAGAGUCGUUGUGUGGUGCCGCAAAUAAUACAGGAUCGCCAGCUACCGAUGAUGACGAUGGUGGUUUUAGCUAUAUGGAUCCUGAUCUUGCGAUUGCUUUACAGCUUAGCCGACAGGAUCAGCAGCAGUAUGAAAUUGAGUUACAGCGUGAACAGGAAAUGAUUGAACAGGCGUUAAAGCUUAGCUUACAGUAGAACUAAGUCAAUUUUGACCAUACAAAAUAUUGUGUUGAAUAUAUAUUUAUAUAUCUAUCCAUAUGAUCGAACUUCGAAAUAUUUUCAAUAUCAAUCAUUAAUCCCUGCAGGGAAACAUAUACUCUAUUGAGAAUGGUAGAGGAAUACAUAUGUAUAUCAAAGAACCGAACUAUUAAAACCUUGAAGUCAAAUAACUUUGUAAUUAGCAAUAUUUUUAAAACAUCUGUAAAUCAACAACUGUCCGUUUAACGUGGUAAAAAUUGUUCAAACGUGUCUUCUACGGUACUUUUUUUCAAAAUAUCGCAUGUAAUAUAUAGUGCAUAAGUAUAUUUCUUAUAGAUCUUCUAUACCUUAUUACUAUAUGAAUUUUUUAUAUUAUACAGAGACAUUUCAAAAAGCUUUCCGUACUAGCGUACAAUAAACUAAUCAUAAAUUCACCACUCUUAAAUAAAAGUGUCUCGUUUAGUAAUUUUAUAUAUGUACAUAUGCAUGUGAUUCUUCAUAUUUAUUUGUAAGCUUAUCCUAUCCUCAGUUACAAAUGCAAAAAUACAUCGUGGAGCUAUACAUAAGAACAAUUUAA